AGUUUGUGUGUAUAUUUUGUUAUAUUUGCAUUUUGUUAACUGUGAUGUUUAUUUGUUUGUCUCGAAUAUAGGCAAGGGCCGAGCUGCAGACACUCUCACCACUGAAGAAAAUCGAGGGGAGUUUCUAGAAAAACUGCAACGAGCCCGAGCAGCAGUUAGAUCUACCAACAAUUCCACGCCGUUAUUGUCAAAGCCUGGUCCAACGAAAUUGGUAGUAGGAAAUUGGUCACUUACCUCCAAAAAAGAUGCCGAAAUUCAUAUACACAACUCUGACGGUCAACAGCAGACCACAAUUCUGCGAGAAGAUCUACCAGGCUUUAUUUUCGAAUCGAACAGGGGCACAAAACAUUCCUUUAUCGCCGAAACCAGUUUGGGUCCGGAAUUUCUGGCAGGAUGGACAAACAAGAAGGGUAAACGUCUUCGAUCGAAACUCGAAGCUAACAAAAUGAAAGUUAAAUAUCUGGCGCAUCAGAUCUAUGAACACCAUUUCAGAGCUGCCCAAGCUCAGCCAAGAGGUAUCGUCGCCAAGCUGGGCAACAUAGUAGCUCAGAUAGAACGUGCAUGUCAAAAACAGUGCUCGUAUGGUAACAACCGAGAAGGUGGUAAUUCAUGGAAAGAAAUUCUCCAUAAUGCUCUGGACGACCUGACUCAGAUCCUCAAAGAAGACGGAGUGGUAUCGGCCUACGAACUACACAGUUCUGGGUUGGUGCAAGCAUUGCUUUCACUACUAUCAACGAGCUACUGGGAUCAAGGCUUGAAAUCAAGCAAAAUGAGCAAAUUUCAGAAACAAAGAGUCCAAGUGUUCAAACACUGUUUCAAAAACAGAUCGAACGAAGAGAACGACUCGGUUUUGAUCCUGGUACACAAACUCAUCGCCGUGCUCGAAAGCAUCGAGAAACUUCCCAUUUACCUUUACGAAACUCCAGGUACAGGUUACGGGCUUCAAAUAUUGACAAGACGUUUGCGAUUUAGGCUGGAGAAGGGGUCGGGAGAAAGCGCUCUGAUUGACCGUUCCGGCAGAGGACUCAAGAUGGAACCUCUAGCGACUGUAGCACAAUUAGAACGGUACUUGUUGAAAAUGGUAGCAAAACAAUGGUACGACUACGACCGUAGCUCGUUCCAGUUCCUGAAGAAAUUACGUGAGAUAAAAUACCAGACCUUCAAGCAUACCCACGACUUUGACGAGAACGGAUUGAUUUACUUUAUAGGUACCAAUGGGAAAACCAGCUCCGAAUGGGUCAAUCCCGGUCAGUACGGCCUGGUAGCCGUUACUAGUUCAGACGCACGAAAUCUGCCCUACGGGAGAGUCGAGGAUGUUUUAUCGAGAGAUUCUUCAGCACUAAACUGUCACACCAAUGAUGACAAACGUGCUUGGUUCAGUAUAGAUCUAGGUGUCAAUAUGAUUCCCACCGCUUACACCCUGAGACACGCUCGAGGUUACGGACGCUCCGCUUUGAGAAACUGGCACUUCCAAAUGUCGAAAGACGGCAACUCUUGGACUACGCUUUACACUCACACUCACGAUAUGUCACUCAACGAUCCUGGAAGUACCGCUACUUGGCCCUUGGAAGUACCCUCGGACGAAACGCAAGGAUGGAGACACGUCCGAAUUCAACAGGCCGGGAAGAACGCUUCCGGUCAAACACAUUACCUGAGUUUGUCAGGUUUCGAGAUAUACGGGCAGGUCACCGGCGUGUACGAAGAUAUGGGGAAAGCGCACAAGGAACAAGAGGCUCAUUUGCGGAAACAGAGAAGACUCGUCAAAUCGCAGCUGUUGAAACAUAUGACCGUCGGUGCACGAGUAGUCAGAGGGGUAGAUUGGAAGUGGAGAGAUCAAGACGGAAACCCACCUGGUGAGGGCACUGUUACAGGGGAAUUGCACAGCGGUUGGAUAGACAUUACUUGGGACCACGGCGGUUCCAAUUCAUACCGAAUGGGAGCCGAAGGAAAAUUCGAUAUCAAACUAGCCCCCGGUUACGAUGCCGAAGCAUCCGCCUCCUCAUCGAAAUAUUCCUCGAGCAAUAAGCAGAAAAAUGACAAAGACAAGCAGAGCGUACUCACAAGCAGAAAAAGCAGCUCCACCCCUAGCCUUCCGGAGGCUACAGAUACCAAGGCUUCGGUAGCAUCUACGGAACAAGCGGCAUCAGCGGAUAAUUUAGCCGCCAAGCAGGCAGCCGAAACAAUAGCGGAAAGCGUUUUGUCUGUCGCUCGCAAUGAAGCCCUCGUAUCCGUUACCAGCGAGUCGCAAGCUGCUAGUAAUGACAGCGAAAUGUCGGUUGUCGUUCAUCCUCUACGUGACCCCCAUCCAGAUCUCUCGACCAUCAACAAUUCCACAGAUUUAGCUACGAUAGUAGAGAGCCUGACCUUGUGCGACACGAAACCAACUAUGAACAAUGAGUCUCAGAAAACUUUGUCGGCAAAUAACUCAAACUCGAACAUAAUCAAGUCGAAUCGUAGUGCAAAGAUAAUCAGUUCGCAGGCUGCAGCAGCCGCGGCUGCGCAGAGCUUUGUAGAGGCCGUCGAAGCUCUAGACAAGAUCCGACUGUUUCCAAGAUAA